AUGUCCCGGAAGCUCCUUUGGCCCUUCCCCAUCAGCCUCCAAUUCCGCCCGCGGAGGACCAAGGGACCGCAUUCCACGACUCAUCCGCCGCCGCUUCCUGCGAAGCAGCAACGCACCGAUGGCGGCGGCGAGGACGAGCAGACCGCCGACGCCGACGCCGACGCCGAUCCCGGCUUUGGCGCCGAAGAAGAGGUAGUCGAUGAUGAUGAUGCCGGCGAGGGUGAUGCGGAUGCGGAUGCCGAAGCGGAAGCGGAACCCGAAGCGGCAGUCGUCGAAGUGUCGAUCGGCCAGGCCGGAUCCGUGGACGCUCGGCGGACGAUGGGGCCGAAGGCGAAGGCCUCGCCCCCGGGAGCGAUCUGGAUCGUCGUCGUGCCCGUCACGAUGGUCGGCGAGGUGAUGGCGUAG